UUUAUAAUUGAUGCUAUUAUCAUUUUUCAAUAUAUUCUAUACCAUUGAAGUAUUUCUCUCUAAAUAAUAAAAUGUGUCAUGUAUGCUUUAACAUACAAUAUUAUACAAUAGAUCCAAUAUCGUGUUUCACAUGCAGAUAUCAAUAUUUCUUAACAUAAACGCUGGAAUUCUUUUUCGCAAAUUUCCACAUGCAUAUAAUUCGCAUACAGUAUCGCGGAAACGAGUAUUAGUUUUGCGCUACGUGCGCCGUGAAGAGGCGGGAAUUUGUAUAUUGCUUUGAUGCGCAGAAGCCGGAAUGCUGGAUGAAUCAAGCUUUAUCAGGAAUGGAUGCGUCGGAGCGGCUAGCAGAAAUAGCUGAGACGGCACUCGGAUAUAUUGUCUGAAAAGUGUAAUAAUAUCGAUGCCCGAAAUCGUGAACGAGCGAAUCCAACGCGUCUUCUUUUGUUAGGAAAGAGCAAUAAGUAAAUCCUUAGUAAAUAAAGAGGAUGGUGAAGCGUACUUGUGUCGCCGCUAUGUGAUUGAUCCAUGAUCUCUGCUAAGAAUCAAAUAAUAAGAAUCAAAUAAAAAAUAGAUUUAUUAGAACGCGUUAUUAAAAUAAAGUGUCAUAAAUAUCUGUAGAGUGAGAAAGUCAUGAAAUAUCUACGUGUGACUGAUUUAAGAGUCUAUAUCAAUUAAUAUUAAUUAUAUACAAAUAUGUAUGACUCGUAAUACAAUUUUUCGUGUGCAAGAAUUUCUUAAGCGUGAAGUAACAAAGAAUCGACGCCGGUUGGAUCGUGGUGUAUUCUUGAAUCUUCGAAUCUCGAAUUGGAAUCUUUGAAAGUUGGCGGUUAAAAUGAGAUCUUGGCACGGUGUCAUAAAAUCGUUUAUAGAAUCCGGUGGAGUCCCGAUAAGUGGUUUGCACACUUUGCGCAAGUAAACUUUGCGCUAAUUUAUUUGCCGGAAAUCAGUAAACAGGUCAUCGUGUGUGACGCAAACUGUUAUGCGCUUGAACGCUCGGCGCGUUUACAUCGUCUUCUGUUUCCAUGUUCAUUAAGAAAGCUCGCGAACAGCUGCGAGACCGAUGAGUGCGCGAGGAUGGUCAUCACGAACCAAACCUAUCAGAACCCGAUCAACUUGCUCCUGGGCGAAAUCUAUUUCUACUACACGCCGAUUCUCGUGAACCUGGGACUGGUGGGCAACUGCCUGUCCGUGUUUGUGUUCUUCGGCACGAAGCUGCGCCACUCGUCAUCCAGCAUAUAUCUGGGCGCUCUGGCGAUCAGCGAUAUCGGCUUCCUCAUAACUAUCUUCAUGGCUUGGCUCACGCCAGCGGGCAUAGACAUCUUCAUUCGGUCCGGCUUCUGCCAAUUCUUCAUGUACCUCGGCUCGCUCUGCAGCUUCCUCAGCGUAUGGUUCGUCGUGGCGUUCACCGUCGAGCGUUUCGUGGCGGUCAGAUGGCCGCUCCGUCGUCAAUCGCUGUGCACGGUCACCCGGGCGAAGGCUACGGUCAUCAAGCUGACUGUGGUAGCUGCCUUCUGGUGCAGCCCGGUGCUGUUGUUCACCAAGACUUACACGGAACGUUCGAUCAUCCACGGCGGGAAUAUAAUCACCUGCGACCUCAACAGUGACUGGAAGCUGUGGGCGAACAUCCACAACAGCAUUGACGCCGUGCUGACAUUCGUCCUGCCGUUUGUCAUGAUCGUGAUCUUCAACACGCUGAUCGCGCGCAACAUCUACAGGUUCAACCGUACUCGUAGAACCUUGACCAUCGAGUCCGACGGCUCUAACAAAAGGGGCGCAUGCAGCCAGUCUCCCCGCGACAGGAUGCCGCAGAUCAAGGUCACGAAGAUGCUUCUGCUCGUCUCGACCACGUUCUUCUGCCUCUACACGCCGUCGUACGUUGUCAGGGUGAUCACCUUCGUUCUCGAUCAUCAGAACCAUCUCUGGCUCACUGUGGCGCAGCAAAUAUGCUACCAGUUGUUCAACACGGGUUUCGGAAUCAACUUUGUACUUUACUGCGCGAGUGGGCAGAACUUUCGCAGAGCAAUGAUCUGCAUGUUUACGAAACGCUCGAGCACCGGCAGUAACGGCACUCUCAUCGCCCUGGCGGAUCAUGAAAAACCGUGUGAAUUCACACGCAACUCGACGAAGCGGUUGCAUUCCGUCGACGCGCAGCGGAAGGAUUCUCAAGAGGUACAAAAGAUUUCGAUAAACGAAGGAUUAUAACGCGAUGAAACGUUAAUGCUCUGUACAUAACAGAAUAAAUGUGUGUUAUAAGUGAA